GUUAACAAGGACAAGAUGCGUAUCGCUGCCGUUUUCUGUAUCGUGCUCCUGUGCGGAGCUGGCGCCAAGGCUGAUGUUCUUGACGACCUUCUCGCUGCUCUUAAGCCUAUCGCUGGCCAGGCUCUUCAGGGAACUAGCUCCCUAGUAAUGCAAUACCUCCAAGAUUUCCUCAACAACAAUGCAAUCGGCAAACGCGACCUCAGCCCUAUGCAGAUCCAGGCGUUCAUCCAGCAGGCCUCGCAGACCAUCCUGGCCCACCUAGGGCCCGCCAAGGACGCCAUCCUCGCCAACCUCCAGAAGCUCUUUGAGCAUGCCAAGCAGAUCUCUUCCCUCUCGUGGGUGAACAAGGGAACAUCCAAGAGGGAGCUCCUCGAGAGCGUCGAUGUUGUCGUAGAGCAGACCAAGAGGCAGAUGACCAAGGACCUGAACACCAUCGUUAACCAGCUCCUCCAAGCUCUCAGCGGUGUCGCCCAGACUGUACUCGGACAGGUUGGACAGCAGCUGGUCGACCAGAUCAACAAGCCCUCAAACGUCAUCGGAAAGCGCGCCAUCAUCGAUUAUCUCCAGCCCCAUAUUGACACCAUCACUGGAAUUGCAAGCAACAUCGGAAGUGCCCUCUCCGGCCACGCCACCAACGUUUGGAACACGGUCCAGGGACACGUCAACACGCUUGGCACCGCCCUUCAGCCCCACAUUGACACAAUCUCCGGCCAUGUCUCCAACAUCAUCGGCCACGGCCAGAACGGAAUUGAUGCCAUCCAAGAUGCUGUCACUGAUAUCCUCAACCAGACCUUCCAGAACAUCUCCGGAAACGUAUCUGGAAUCGCCGAUGCCGGAAGUGCCGCUGUUGGUACCGUCGUCGACCACGUAUCAGGAGCCGUCGGAGGCAAAUAGGCUUUACAUCCGAAUUUUCUUUAAGAUAUAUCUUUAGCGAAUAAAACUUUUAGAAAGUA